GUCUCUCGCCCUCUGCAACUUCCCAAACGAAGACAAUCAACGAGCACUUGCUGUUUGUUUUCUGCUCUGUUCCUUGUUGUGAACCAGAACGUUUCUGCGUUUCUUUGUCUGUUUUGACUGCAACCGACCCCUGCCUACCUACCCUGCCUACCCUGCUUAUUCCGUCAUUCCGGAGCCUCUUAUCGCUAUCGAUUGAGGCCGCACCUGUCAUUGCUCAUCCCCUGACAACUGCGCCUUGUGAUCUGAGUCACCGGCCGGCGUCCGAAAGGGGCCAACACCAUUUUGUUUUAAAAACAUCCACGAGGCUGUUCGCAGUGGACAAAGGCCGCUCUUUCUUUCAGUGCUUACUCACAGACUGAGGUGGAAACUGCCCCCCGGGCACCAGUGAUUGUCCGAGGACCCUUGAAGGUUCUCGAAUUCUCCGUGCGAUACUCUGCCGCUUCCGCCGUCUAAAGUCCGAGAAGACAUCCCCGAGACAUUGAGGACCCGACGGUCCCUUCCGCAGUCAACCUUCUUAACCCAGUUGCACCGGCUACCUAUUUGCAGCUUCGUCCACAUUGAGCCACCCCGAGCAGAGACACAGCAAGACCCUUAAGCUCCAUUGCAACCUUUGACACACGACCCCAAUGGCGGCCUCAGUCGAGAGCCCUCAGUUCGAGCGCGACCUUCGCUCCGCUCGGAAGGAGUGGAAGCGCACCAAAGACUCCGCCGUGAAGUGGUCCCACGGCCGCCGCCAUCUCGCCGGCAUCCGCGUCAACAUCCUCGGCGAAGCCAUCAAUCCCGCCGACGCCCCUGACAAGUUCCGGCCAGGAAAGAAGUACAGCGACUUCGGCCACCCGCUUUCCAAGCCCAAGACCAACCUAGUCAAGAUCAACUCGUUGAGCGCGGACCUGCCCAGCUCGCGCAAGCGCGCCAAGAUCCACGCGCUCGCCGAAAUCGAGGCCGCCUCGCGCGGCGACCUCUCCUCCCCGGCCCACGCCCCCACCACCGCCGGCAGCCACCCGUCGCCCCGCCUGGCCCGGUCCCUGAGCGCGUCCGCGUCAGCCGCCGACGGCAGCGGCGGUGUGCUGUACAGCUUCGACCGCGCCGACACGCCGGGCCGGCCGCUCACGCUGGAGGUGUUCGUGAAGAAGACGACGGCCCGCGAGACGGAGCGGCUGGUGGAGAGGGAGUACGAGGUGCUGGACGCGACGGGGGAGGCGGUGAGGGGCCGGCGGGCGAGGGCGCUUCUGAGGCGGGCGGAGACGGGCGCUGCGGAGGGGGACGGGAAGGGCGGAGGAGGGUCGGACGACGGCGAGGGGGUGGAGGACGAGGAGGGGUUUGAGUUGGUUUGAAGCUGAUCUUCUCUCCUUUUUUUUCUUCUCUUUCCUGUUUCGCCCCUUUCUGGUUCUCUCUUCUUCCCUCGUCCUACUCUCCUCGAAGCGUGUGUUAGCAUAUACGGAUACCAGGGCGGCUUCUCUGAUUGGCUGGGUCGGGAUGGGAUUUGAGAGUCAGUCGCACCUAUUUUACCUGCCUCACGGCACGGCGGGCGGCAUACCUACUACGCUUUGGCAUUAUUAUUCAUCUGGCAUCGUUGUAUUGGCGUAGCAUGGGCGGGCUGGCAGGCUUGCUUUUCCAGCAUUGUUAGUGUUUAUCCGUACUCGGCGUCGGGGUUUCACAGGGGUGAAGCCAGUAAUACAUCCAUAUAUCCUAGAUAGACACCUAAACGGCCCUUACCUUAACGCUC